AUGGCAACUAUUAGAAAAACAUUGUCUCCGAUUUCUCGGGCCGGAACGAUAACAAAUCUAGAGGUUUGUUCAGUAUCUUCCCCUUUGUCUAAAUCCUCAUCAAGUCCUCAGAAUUCUCUGCUAUCUGAAGGACUGUUACCUUCUUCGAUCACCUCAUUGGACUCGCGUGCUUUUUUGUUCGGUGGUUUCUCACCAAGAACUCUGAGGGCUAUUGAGAGAUCAAAUUCAAAGCACAAGGGACAGCUUUGGAGGAAAGUGCUUUUCCAUUCUUUCAUUUGUUUCAUGGUUGGUGUUUCUAUUGGACUCAUCCCGCUCGCAUCAACCAACUUGUCCUCGAAAUUCAUGGCAAACCACCAAGGUUUCUCUUUUGAGAUAAUAUCUGAGGUUGACAAUGUGAAGAUAAAUAAGACACCAUUAGUUGACGAGGAUGUGAAGUUUGAUGCUGCUAUGAUUUCAGCAUUGCAAGAACAAGAACUAACAGAUGGUGUAUCAUAUAACAUCUCAGAGAGCGAGUUCACUGACGAAACAUAUUUGGAGUCUCGAAAGCUUCUCAUUGUUAUCACGCCAACUUACAAUUGUUCGUUUCAAGCUUAUUACUUGCAUAGUUUGUCACAAACUUUGAAAUUGGUCCAGCCUCCUUUAUUGUGGAUUGUUGUUGAAGUGAAUUCACAAUCUGAAGAGACUUCUGACAUCUUGAGGAGUAGCGGGAUUAUGUAUAGGCAUCUUGUCUGCAAAAUGAAUGUAACCAACACAAGCCAUAAGAGCAUUCUUAUGAGAAAUGUUGCGAUAGCACACGUUGAAACUCACCGUCUCGAUGGAAUUGUCUAUUUUGCAGACGAUGAUAAUGUCUACUCAGUUGAUCUCUUUCAGCAAAUGAGAGAAAUAAGGCGAUUCGGAACAUGGAUUGUUGCAAAACUAUCUGAGGGUACAAGUGGUGGCAUUGUCUUUCAAGGGCCAAUUUGUAAUGGAAGUGAAGUGAUUGGUUGGCACACAAAUAACGAUUCAGAUAGGAAAUCUAAAAGGUUUCAUGCUGAAAUAUCAGGUUUUGCCUUCAACAGUACGAUACUAUGGGAACGAAAGAAGUGGCACCGACCGCUUCUUGAGCGUAUCAGGCAGCUCGAAUCAGCCAAGGAGAAUUUGUGGAUUAGCAUGUUGAUUGAGCAGGUUGUUGAAGAUGAGAGUCAAAUGGAGGGCUUAAUGAACGACUGCUCGAGGGUUAUGGUUUGGCGUAUUGAUCUCGAGUCAUCUCAUUCCUUCUAUCCUCGUAAAUGGAUUGCAGAAAACAACCUAGAUGUCAUUUGGAAUCUUUCACUUGUGUGA